CUAUGGAGAUGAUUCUUUGAUCCAGGGUACGUUUUCCUCAUGGGAAAAGUCUACAGAGUGAUCGUUUGUGGCAUGAAAAAUGUUGGUAAAACACUUAUACUGGAACAAGUGAUCUAUGGAAAACAUAAAAAUACCACCGUAACAUUCCCUACUAUAGAGGAUAUCUACGUAGCCAACGUGGAAACAGACCGAGGAACCAGGGAACGAAUUCGAUUUUAUGACACGUCUGGCAUAGAUCCAUCGUUAUCUCCUAUGUCUCCGACCGGAGACCAAUCAUGCAUGAUGAACGCUUGUAAUCAAUUAGCCAGACAGUACAAUGGCACUACCGACGGAUAUAUUCUUAUUUACGACGUCUCACGUUCCGAUUCACUGGACUGCUUGAUAACUAUGAAGAAGGAAAUUGACAAAAUUCGUGACAAAAAAGAAGGAUUUUAUGUGAUCGUUGCCAACUACAAAGGUGGUAAAUCCAAUACAGAUCUUCCAAACAAUAUAGGACGUGCCAUUCAAUGGGCGAAUAAAGAGAAACUACGUCACUUCGAAGUGAACGCGUUCGAUAAGCUUACUUUAUACGAGCCAUUUACGUAUCUAGCUUCGAAAAUAAGCUCGGCUCCGAGUAAAAGUUCAUUUUCACAAUUAUCAGUGGUGCGUAAAAGCACGAAAACCGAUAGCGGAUAAAAUCAUUCCCUCCUUUUUUUUACUACACGUAUUACUUUCAUUGUAAAUAAUAUUCAUUCGUACGAGAAUUAAAUAAGUUUUUAAAGAAAUUCAUUUAUUAUGAGCGAGACAAAAAAAAGAAAAAGAAAAGCAAAAUAAAAUAUAUCACAAGUU